AUGACGGUCCUCCUCCCGCCCGUCUUCGCCAACUGCAACUACUUCCUCGUGGCCCUCGUCGCGCCCGUCGCUCUCCUGGUCGCCGCAACGCGUCCCCAGUCGUGCGCGUCCGUCGCCGUCGUCGACAACGCGUCGCCCUGUCGAGCGCUCGUGAGGCGCCCGUCGGUGCUGUGGCCGCUGCUCGUCUUGAGCGCCACGUUUGCCGUCGCUGGCGCGUCGCUGGAGCUCUAUUACGCCCACGGCUGUCCCACGAGCAGUGUGUUCCACGACGAGACAGAGGCACUCGCGCGCUUUGUGUACGCAGUGUGUCGACGGCAUCACGUGCCCUACUGGACGGCGUUUGGCACGUUGUUGUUUGUGAUGCGGGCGCAGCACCGCAUUCCCGUGGGCGACACGGACUCGGACAUCGGAAUGCUCGAGACGGACUUUCGGCAGCGCUUUGGUUCGGUGGCAAACUUCUCGGCCGUCGUGGACCACGAGGCGCUCGUGGAGAUCCAGCGGCCGGUGCACGUCGUGUACCACGCGGCGCGCGCGCUGGUGCAAGUGGCUGUCGACACGCGCGAUGCUACAGGGCCGCAUGCUGACAUUUGGCUGUACCGACAAGAAGUCGACGACAGCACAGGCACCACGUGGCUCGUGAACGACGACCGCACGAUUCGGAGCAAGUACCUGCUGUCUGACCAAGUGCUGCCGCUGCAGGACGACGCAGCGUUGUUUCUGAACGUGCCCGUGAGUGUCCCGCGCAAUGCUACGUACGUGGCUCGCGCCGAGUACGGACCUGCUUUUAUGACGCCGCUUACAACGAGAAUGGAGUGUCUCGAGAACGUCCUGAAUGGAUACACGUUGUACAAGACGCCAGUGUUGACGAAACUGUGGUAUGCUGCAACGUGUGGCGCCCUCGUAACAGCGCUGACGCUCCUUGCUGCAAAGUACAUCCGGCCGUUGCGUCGAGUGCUAUGGGCGAAAACGAAGGCAAAGCCAGGAGGAGCCCGUGCAGCAGACCAGAGGGAAGUGGCUGACAAGUACUUUGUCUGA